GUUGGCUCGCCUCGCCUAAAAUUGGCGAGGAGAGUUCGGGCGUCGCCUAGUCGUCUAGGCGACGCCCAAAGAUGCCUAACCCGGUGUCGACCCGGGUUUUUGUAUUUUUUUUUAAAAAUCUAACCCUAAUACAAAAUACACCAACCUAAGCCACUUCUCAACUCAUUUGGAGUUUCCUUGAGUUCAUUUCGAGACCAGCCACCAUCUCCGUUCGCCACCAACCAUCAGUGCCGACCGCCGACCACUAACCACAACUCAGCCACCAGCCACCACCGACCACCACUCAGCCACCACCACUCGCCAUCAACCACCAGCCACUCAUAGUUCACUGCCUUGCUGUUUUCCCAAGAAAUUUCAAACUCCUACGACACUGACCAUGGAAGAAGACGGCGAAGAACCACCACUUGCUGUUGAGAUUACUGCUGCUGUCAAUGAAAGCACUCCUCACCCAUCUACCCAAAUCAAUCACCAGCCAGAAACAACCGAUGCCCCUCCAGUCGGUGUUACUGUCAUCACAGGCUACCUCGGCGCCGGCAAAUCAACUCUGAUAAAUUACAUAUUGAGUGCACAACAUGGGAAGAAAAUAGCAGUAAUACUCAAUGAGUUCGGGGAGGAGUUGGGAGUGGAGAGAGCGAUGAUUAAUGAAGGAGAAAGUGGUGGGCUUGUGGAGGAGUGGGUGGAGCUUGCAAAUGGCUGCAUUUGCUGUACUGUGAAGCAUAGCUUGGUUCAAGCUCUAGAGCAGCUUGUUCAGAGGAAAGAAAGACUUGACCAUAUAUUGCUAGAGACUACAGGUUUGGCAAACCCUGCACCUCUGGCAUCUGUUCUUUGGUUGGAUGAUCAACUAGAAUCAGCUGUCAAGCUUGACUCCAUUAUUACUGUUGUUGAUGCAAAAAACCUUCGUUAUCAGCUGAAGGUGCACCAUGAAUCAUCUUCAUUUCCUGAAGCAUACUUGCAAAUAGCAUAUGCGGAUGUUGUGAUUCUUAACAAGAUUGAUCUGGUAUCUCAAGAGGGUUCUGGAUCAGCUCUAGAUGAACUGGAGAAGGAGAUACACAAUAUUAAUUCCCUUGCCAAUAUUAUUCAUUCUGUUCGUUGUCAAGUUGACUUGUCUAAAAUACUGAAUUGCCAAGCAUAUGAUCCAACACAUGUAACUCACUUGGAAGCAUUGUUAGAAGCAAAUAAAUCUCUAACUACUCGAGAUCUUCAUGAUACUGGUGUCCGAACGUUAUGCAUUUGUGAGUCACAGCAGAUCAAUCUUGACAAGAUUCGUGUGUGGCUUGAGGAACUCCUUUGGGACAAAAAGUAUGGCAUGGACAUAUAUCGCUGCAAGGGAAUUUUAAGAGUCAUGAAUUCAGAUCAGCUCUAUACUCUGCAGGGUGUGAGAGAGAUCUACGAGAUUGUUCCAACUCGGGACUGGAGAAAUGGAGAAAACCAAAUGAACAAAAUAGUUUUCAUAGGUAAAUCAUUAAAUGAAGACAUUUUGUUGGAUUCUCUAAGAGCUUGUGUAGUGGAAACCUCAACCUGAGCACAUAGAUGAGCUUCAUGGAAUUUAAUACUUGCACUAUGCUAAGUAAGAAAGAACCAUUGAUUAUAGGAGUUGUAGCUUGGUGUUGGCGCUCAAGUUAUUUGGUGAACUGCCUUUAUUUUUGGUUAGUUCAAUAUACACCAUAACUAUCUAAGCUUCAAUUUCAUAAUGUGCAUGAUGUAGAGUGUAGACAAGAAUUAUACUAUGCAUCUAUGCUCAUCUCAAGACUAGUUUUAUACAUUUUGAUGCCAAACUUUUGUGUGUAAUUUGUUUUUUCCAAAGAGUUAAUUCCACUUGUACUCUCUUAA